AUGGUUUAUAUUAUGUGUGUUUUUAUGUUAGGUCUUGUGCUGGGUGUGGUGGUGGUUGCUUCAAACCCUUCUCCAUAUUUUGGGGCCUUGGGGUUGGUUGUUGUUUCAGGCAUGGGGUGUGGAAUGUUAAUGGGGCAUGGGGCUCCCUUUUUGUCAUUGGUGUUGUUUUUAAUUUACUUGGGAGGGAUGUUGGUCGUGUUUGCUUAUUCUGCUGCUUUGGCUGCUGAGCCAUUUCCUGAGACUUUAGGUAGUCGGUCGGUUGCUGUGAAUGUAAUGGGCUAUCUUGUAGGGGUGGUUGUUGGGGCUAGCUUUUUUUGAGAUGGGUGAUUUGGGGGUUUGUGGUUAACAGUUGAUGAAGGGGCGGAGUUUUCUUUAUUACGGGCAGAUGUUGGAGGGGUUGCUGUUAUGUAUUCUUCAGGGGGCUUGAUGCUAGUACUGAGUGCAUGAGUGCUUCUUUUAACUCUUUUUGUUGUGUUAGAGGUUUGUCGUGGGCUAAGUCGGGGGGCUCUUCGGGCUGUCUAA